GCGCGGCUCACUCAGUCAGUCUAACCUGGCGUGAGUCAGUGUCCAGCCAGCGAGCACCUGGUCCCAGGUCUGCUCACGUGCGCUGCGUGAACAAUAUCGCUUGCUCGCCCGGCCGUCUGCUCUCGUUUCACUGCUCUGCCUGCAGCCCACUCAGCGGCUCGCAAGAUGAAGGUGCGGUGGCGGGCGUGGUGUUUGCUGGCGCUCUUGGUGGUGCACACUGUUGUGGCCAACCCCGUGGCCAACCGAAGACUGCGCAGACAAACCACCCUUCCUGAGGAGGAUGGACUCAACCCGAUCGAGCACCAGCCAUUUGUUCAUCCGGAAGAGGUUUUCGGACCAGACCUGUCCGAUCGCUCUCCCAGAGAGAAGAGGAAAGCGAGAAUUUUGCUCAACAUUCUGUUUUGGAAAAUCAACACCUUGUUGAGUUUGAAAGCCCGCAUCCUGGGGCAGCUGAGCGCCCGGCAGGCUUUGGCGAGUGUCUUCCCGACAACGACCGCAAAACCAGACCCGUCGGAGGAGGACGUGCCGGAAUUUGAUUCGAACAGAGUUAUGCUCGAUAUCCCUGGCGAGCUUUUCGGCACAGCCUUUUCUGUGGUCACCGACGUAUCCAAAAUUGUUGGUGAAGUUAUAUUGAACACGGCGAGACGCACGCAGAAGUUCGUCGAGGGUAUGAAGCAGGCGAUAACCCGCAGCUUGGGCUACAAGUUGUCCGCCCUGACGACCAGCUCGUCCAUUUCCAAGAGCACCGGAGAGGAGCAGUCCUCGGCGACGUCGUCUGAAAGCACCGACGACAGCACCAACAAUAACGACGAGCCCAACGACGUCUGACCGUUGGUCCCACGAACGGGCGUGUCUGCCCAUGAUUGACUGUGAUGCUACUUUUUAAACGUGUGCCGGCUCAAUUUUUCUUUUGAGUGUGAGUGAAUUUCGUUUAUAAUAAACCAUAAAAGAGGAGGCAUUCUUGUGUUCCUUGCGUGUACAUUCUGGUAAUACAGGUAUUUAUUUUAACAGUAUUCGAUGCCAUAACUACUCGUGUAUUUUUUGUAAUGCAAUUGUUAAGCAUUUUCUGUACUUAUUUAUUACCGAGAAAUAAAAGCUUCAGUGUUUUGUAUAGUA